UGUAGAUAGUACAUAGUCUUUAUCUCUCGGUGUGGCAAAGACAGUGAGCAAGAUGCCGUCAACAAAGACAAGACCCAUUGAGAAGUUUGCAAAGGCUGCCUCGAAGUGCUCGGUCGAGGCCGCUGCGUAUGGCAAAUGCGUCGUUGCGGACUACAAUGCCGUGCAAAAGGACAUGUGCGCCAAGGAGUUCAUGAAGCUCAAGGACUGCUUUCUGGCGGCCUCGAAGAAAGUCUAAUGGUGGUUGAUGGGUUGCAGGAGAACUACAAGGUUUAGGCGCAUUGGGCUGUUUGGCUUCUACUAGCAUGUAUGGCGGUGUCUGUAUAGGAAAGGUCUCUACAGGUAUAUGUAAAAACUUAUCAUCAUGAACGUGUGUAAUUUUAUUCAUCCAUCAACUAAACAAAGAAGAAAUGUCAAAACAUCGUAACUAGCGGG